CGCAUUAGUACCGCAUUCUUCUGCCCCUGUCACCCCACCUUUCUGAUGUGACAGGUAUCCGUAUCGAUGUAUUUCAGUGAAACUAUUGUUUUCCCCACUUUCCACUGAAAGUACGAGAGCAAACACUUCGCAUUGGCGUUCCCAAAGGUGCUGAGAAAAACGCCAUGAAAUUUCCCUAACCGCCAAGCUUCCAGCCUGUGGAUGCGCCCAAAAAUGGCGCCGGCGACAACGAACCGCCUGGCCCUGCCGAUUUGGACACCAGGGCAGCCUGGACGGAGGAGGACAAAGCUUCGCCUGCCCCGUUCAGUCUCUGAGCGCGGAAGGGUGACCUUCAGCCAGAUCAAGAACGUCAAGUUAAGCAUCCACUUGGGUGUUAAGGUUGUUGUCGGUUCGAGUGGCGCUCUCCACUGUGUGCUCUUGAACAAGAGGGCUUAA